UAUUUGGUAUUUUUCGCGAUGCCACAUUAUUAAACAAAUCGUACGAGCUGAUGUGAAUGGCAAUAAAAAAACAACGCUCUGACUUCAGCUGUUGGAAUCCCAAUUUUAACAAGAAACGUUAACGUAAAAGUAUCAUGACAACUGACCGUGAUGAGAAGUGGGUGGUGUGCCGUGUGUGCUUGAAGAACCCGAACGAUGGCGAUGGGGAGCUGCAGGAUAUCUUUAGUGCCAGUGCCGCAACGCGCCUCGAUCAAAUGCUUCACAUUUGUGGCGACAUACCCAUCAGUGAAGACGACAAGCUUCCGGACAAAAUGUGCAGCAAGUGCGUGCGUUGCCUGCGCCUUGCUUACAAGUUUCGAAUGACCGUCCAACGAUCACAUCAGCAUCUCAUGGACAUGAUGAAGAUCGAUACGGAUCAGGCACAUAUCAGCGAUGAGCUGACUGUUGAUGAUUUUCCCGCAGAAACCAUUGUGUGGGACUGCGACGAAAUGAAGGUGAAAAUCGAGGAGGAAGAGCUUAAGGAACAACAACAACACCAGCAGCUGGUGGAACAGUUGGAAGUGGAUGAGGGUGUGCGCUAUUUGAUUGCCAAAGAUGUGGGGCAUGGUGAAGAAAUACUCUUCGAUGAGUUUGUCGAAGAGGCCGAGGCUGUCGAGAAUGUGAUUUAUAGCAAUGCUUCGGUUGAUGCCAUUGACGAAGAUGCUGAGAAUUGCACAGAAUACGAACAAUUGGAAGUACUCUCCACAGAAGCAUCCGCGCUUAACACAGCAUACGAACUUCGCACCAGGCAAAAUGCCCACAUUAGCGUAACCGAUGACGAGGCCGAUGUCCUCUCGUCAGACGAUGAGGAAUAUAAGCCGAAUGUGAGGGCAAACAAUACAACGCAACAGGCCCGCAAAUCCAAAGUAACGAUGGUAACGCUGACAGAAGCCAAGAAAAAAGGACGCAGACCACGCGACAAGAAUUUAAAUUAUAUCUGUGAUGUCUGUGGCAAUAUAUAUCCCACACAAGCCAGACUUACGGAGCACAUGAAAUUUCACAGCGGCGUUAAGCCCCACGAAUGCGAGAUUUGCGGACGUGGUUUUGUUCAAAAUCAGCAACUCGUGCGUCACAUGAACACGCAUACGGGUAAUCGGCCAUAUAAGUGUAAUUUCUGUCCCGCUGCCUUUGCCGAUCGCUCCACAAAAACUAAACAUCAUCGCAUUCACACAAAGGAGCGUCCAUAUGAGUGCGAUGUUUGCCAUAAGACUUUUACCUAUUCGGACAAUUUGAAGUUCCACAAAAUGAUACACACAGGCGAAAAACCGCAUGUGUGCGAUAUUUGCGGCAAGGGAUUUGUGAAGGCUUACAAAAUGCGUUUACAUCGCGUGACGCAUGAAAAGCGUCCGUGGAAGCAAGUGAGCACAAUGGACGUUUUAGAGGAUGAGGAAUAUGUAGAUGAAACACCUGAAACCAUUAUUACUUAGUCCAUCGGCUUUUAACAUUCAUUAACAGAUUUAAUAUAUAGGCUAACAGAUUUAUUUAUUAGGAUAUUGUGAGAUUCUUUUGCACGCCUAAUUCCUCAUUAGAAAUCAACGCGAUGGGCACAUUCAACUGAGCAUGAUUUAUAUGGGAACUGGGAAUAUAUCCACAGCAAUUUCGUUUUAAUCAAGUUCUGCAAAAAAAUUGUACAUUUCUAUAACUGUUUCUUUUUUUCAAUAUUAUCAAUUACCAACAAUCUGUUGAAUAAUAUUUCUAUAACCUGAACAGUCAAAUAUUUGUAUUUAGAAUUAAAGAAAUACAUUUAAUGAGAUACACGUUUCAGUUUUUAA